UACUAGUAUUUCAUUUAAUCAAAGUUUAUGAUUGAAAUUCCCCCAUAGUUUAAUAAAACAACAAUUAAGUUGUAAGAGAAAAAUACCCCCCGCCCGCCACAACAAAAAUCAAAUAACAAUGGGUGGAUGUACGGCAGUAAACUGUACGAAUUCCGGUAGGAAAGGUAUUCGUUUAUUUCGUUUUCCAAAAGAUGAUUCUAGAAGAAAAAUUUGGCUUCAAAAUUGUCGCCGGGACAAAUGGGUACCUACAAAUUCGUCAGGGUUGUGUGAAAUUCAUUUUGAGCAAAGUCAAUUCAAACAGCAUCGUCAAGGUGGCAUAAAAAAACUAAAAUCAAAUGCAAUUCCGACAAUAUUUAAUGUACCAAACCCUCCUCAAUUAUUAGAAACGAAAAGAAAAUCGCUCUAUCCAGAAGAAGUUAUUAAUUGUUUUUCAAAUGGAAAACAAAGAGAUAUAGAGUUAGUCAUAUAUAAACCAUUCUCCAAAUGA